ACACGUCGUUUUGCCAAAAGCGUAGCAGAGCAGUCUAAGCGAUGAAAAAAAUAAAUGAGGAAAAAAGUCCGUGAAGCGAAAACCGUAAUUCCUACAGUGCGAGUCACGCCAUUGUGUUUGCAAAAAAUAUUUGCCAAUUGUGCUACGGGCAAUUUUUCGGAACGGCCGAAUUGAUUAGCAUAAAGAGACGCCUUAGGAGUCGAACGAACCAAAUGCCGCAGCAGCCGGCCAACGUAUUAGCAUCAGAACGAUGGCCCCAGCGCUCACAGCCGAGCCACUAAGUCCAAAGGAGAAGCUAACCAGCACCGCCUCGCCCUCGGCCCGCAGCUCCUCGGAAAGCGGAGGAGUUGGAUGUGCAGUUGGCUUGGUCAAGAAGCCGGCAACACCCACGCCGGCCACGGCCACCACGCGGAUUACCCGCUCAUCAGCGGCAGCGGCCUCAGUUACCGCUUCCCCGCAUCUACAACAGCAGCGAUCCUCGCUAGCAAUCAAUAACAAGCGAAAGUCGGGCAACGCUAAAGCCAGCAAUGAACCAAUGGGGCUGAGCACAGCCCCGACUCCACACAGCACCACUUCACCAAAUCCCUCGACGGAUACUGCGGCAGCCUCCACCUCUGCCGUGGAGCACAACAAUAACGACAGCAACAGUACCUCCGCCGGCAACAGCACCUCCGCCGACAACAGCUCCACGCCCAAGGACAACUCCACCGCUCAGCUACUGGCGGAUCUAACCAUCAACUUUGAGGAGACCAUAUCCGCGGAGAUUUGCCUGAGGAAAACCCUACCCGAUGUGAGUCUGGGGAAAGAGCCGGUUCCGCCUGCCUCGGUGCUGGCAGUGGCCACAAGUUCAACGAGUGCUGGCAGCGCUCUAUCCUUAUCUGCAGUGGAUGAGGUGACCAAGAUAGAAAUAGAUAAUAUAGAAGAGCGUCUCAGCCAGCUAGAUGGGAAUGCCACUGGAAGGCCCGAGGAGCAUGUGGCACCACCUUCUGUUCCGGUACCCGUGCAGGAGGCGCCAAACACGCCCACCAGGCCACAGGCGCCACCAAGUGCCCAUCUUGAGUCUCCGCAGCCGGCGCGAACACAGCAGCAGUCCAUUCAACAGAUGACGCCGCAAAGCACCACCAGUUCCAACAAUUUUCUCAAAGACGGAGCAGCUGGUGCUGUUCUAGAGGAUCAGGAUAUCGAGGAGGUGCUUAAAGCGCUCAAAACAUUUGACGGUGGCCAUGUUAAUCCAGAUACCAUUUGCGAGUUUUUCGACGAAGUUUGGGAAGAGGCAGCACCGGCAGCGCCAUUGCCGCCCGCGCCACCCGAAAAUGUGGUGGAUGUGCCGGGCGCGAAGCCCAGCUGCAGUGGCAUCCUCGUUAGCGGCAGCAACAUUUCCCAGCCGAAUGUGAUUAUUAAGCAGGAGCAGCGGCCCUGGCAGGAGAGUCAUGCUGAGUUGGAGCAGCAGCAGCACGUUAUCUCGCGCAGGAUCGAGUUUUUGCUACGCAGGAUGCGCAAGCUCCAGGCGCGAGCGAUGUGCCGUCACGCGAGCGAGGAGGUGGUUGGUAUCAUGGAGUGGUCUGCCCGCAGUUCCCAUAAGGCUCCAGUUCCAGCGAGAAGUUCCACGCUGACUGAGCAGGAGGCCACUGUCCUAUCGAUUGUCUCAGGGCGUCCGAGCUCAACCUUCUGGGAGGAGCAGAACAAGCAUCCGCUGCCUGCUAGCCAGAUGAGUAAUGUGAUCCGGCAUAUUGCGACGGCGGCAAAGCAUCAGCAAAUCUGCCACUCAGCCAGCGGAAGCUCUGCUACUCUGGCGCCAUCCUCCAGCUGGUACAACAGCUGCAACAGCUCUGCGCUGCCGAUGAAGCGUCCACGAAAGAAUCAACUUGAUGCUUCGGUUGCAACGGGUGCCACACCCACUGCACCUGCGCCAGGAGCGGUAACAUCUAGACAGGCAGCUGGCACGACGGGAUCCGCAACGGGUUCGAAUACACCGCGGGCGGAUGAUAUCGUGCCCGGCUACGACACCUAUGUGACUAAUGAACUCACCCAUGUGUCUGGCCUGCUGCACACGGAGCUUCGAGAAGUACAGAAUGCCAUCGACUCGGACGCCACGGAGUCAAGUUCUGGUGGAGAAUCCGCUGACGAGAUGGUAACCUACAACAACAACCAGCAGCUCUCGCUACCAAUCACUCGACGCGCUGUCUGGCGAUAUUCGAGAGAUCGUGCAGCCAUUGCCCUGCGCUGGUCCUGGCUCUGCUCCCAGCUGACCGAUUUGGAGAUGAAGAUCCGUCAGCACAGCGACCUUUACAUGGAUCUAACUCAGUCCAAGGGCGAGAUCCAGCUGGAGUCCACAGCUAAGACCUCACCGUCGCUAGCACAGCCGGCAAAUGGCAUUAAGGAGGAGCCCGGAUCCGACUACCUCUGCAGUCGGGCACGUCCAUUGGUGCUGUCCGAGUUCCGCAAACGCAAGCUCUUCCAGACCACGAACAUGCACACGAUUUCCAAGAAAGCCGCACGCCCCAGCAACAUUAAGUGUGGCUGCCAGUGGCCGCAGGUGCCAUGCACACUGUGCACGGGUCGGACAGACCCUACGGCGCCCAGGGAUCUGGUCGAGACGAUGAUGCCGCAAAACCGGGUGGCAUUGCUCGAUGCUGGCUACCAUCCAGUGCUCAGCUUCGCCAGCGAUGUCAGUCAGUCGGUUCACUUGGAGGCCGUUGCCCGCCAGCCGGACUGGCAGUACCGCGUCAUGCGCAGCCAGCCCAAGGCCAUUGUCAAGGCCAUGUGGAAGGCGGAGCGCGAGACGAUAGCCUCAGGCGGUGUCGGCGGACAAGGUGGCAGCCGGCGGUCGGGCGAUGCGGCGAAGCGGCGUUAUAUACGACGCAAGGAGCGCAACAACAACUCAAAUAAGGAGGCUGGGAGCGGAGCUAAAGCUGCUGCUGUCGCCGCAGGAGGAGCAGGCGGAAACGGAAGCAGUAGCGUCGGGGGAGGGGAUAGCGGAAACGGUACUGGUACUGCUACUACUUCUUCUUCUACUACGCCUACUACAACGCCACUUGUGGCCAACAGUAAAUUAUUGUAAACAUGACGAAAUUCGAUAAUUGUUAUUAACAUAAAACAACAACAAUCUUUUGCAUCUCUUCUUCUUCUUUUUCUUUGCAUCGAUCAACCAAAACACGAAAUUCCACCAACACCAUCAACAAACACCACCACCAACAACAACAACGAAAAACCCCACCAAUUGUUUUAUUUUGCCAUUCCGUUCUUGUCUCCGUUUCGUCCCCGUUCCGCAUCCAAAUCACGGACUUGACGCAACAUCAGCAGCGGCCAGGGGCAAGCGGCAACCACAACACCCAACUGGAGCGAACAGUUCCAGCUCGCUGUGGCCAGACUCUCGCCAACGCCAACGACAACGCCACCACAGUCCCUCCUCAACCUCGAUCUCGGCACUGAGCGGCGCUAAGAAGGCACGCAAAUCCGCAACCAACAGCAGCAGCAGCAAUUCCACACAGCAGCAGCAGAAUCACCACGGCACCAAAAUCAACAAUCAUCAUCUCAAUGGCUACGGCGAUCAGUGGGGGGAGCAAAGCAGGAGUCGUCGCAACUCUUCGCCCUCCAACAGUCAUAAAAAUGAGAGAACCUCUGAGCGUCGCGUUCGUCCCAUCUACGACAUCAAUAACAUCGUUAUACCCUACAGUAUGCUAGCCCAGUCGAAAAUGGAGAUAAUUCCCUACAAGGAAAUACCCAUACCCAAGUGGCGCAUUGUAGACAGUGAUAACGAUAAGGGAAAACAUUCGUCAGAUGAGUCAAUGGAGCGCAAACUGAGCAAUGGCUGUGUCGCAUCAAAGUCAGAGGAGCUAGCCAAACAACAGCUACCACCACCACCAGAUCAAGAUCAAGAGCAGCCGGCCCUGCAGCCUCCGAAGGUUAAUGGUUUAAAGGAAAAUCAAGCAGUCAAGCACAAUAACAAUAAUAAUACAAACAAUAAUAAUAAUAAAAAUGGACUGGUAAAUGGUAACGCCAAAAAGGAUGAACUUAAGGCUGCAGAGGAUCACGAUACGCAAUCAAAAGAAGACGACGAUCCAAAGGAAAAGGUGGUCAAACCCAAGCUCAACGGAAACUUGAUAAAGAAUCCGAUUGACAAAACUGCCGAAACGCAAGACAAAAUUGCUCAGCCAGCACCAGAACCACCACUGCCAAAGCGACCCAAGCUGGAAACUCCAACCUCCAACGAGGUCACCAAGGCUAAUGGGCAGUUGGUGCAGCAACAGCUGGAAUCCCGUGAGAGCGAGGAGGAGCCACAGCAUGUCGACGAAGAUCUUUCGGAUGAAGCGUUUAUUAUGCGACAUCAGCGAGCUCUUCUCGAGGAGCGACGCCGCUUCGAGACUUUCCUUAAGUUCCCCUGGAGCACCCGAUCGCGUGCAAAUAGGCGCGUCGAUAGUCGUGCCGAAUCUAGUGGCGCCAACACACCGGAUCCCGCCUCACCAGCUCCUCAUCUAGGCGGCCCUGGUCACGACAACGAAAGCAUUCCCUCGCCGCUGGCGUACCCACUGGACGCUUUUAACGAAAGCGGUGAGCUGCUGACUGGCGGACAGGCACGCCAAGCUCGUCGUCGGACUACGUCUAGCAAGCUUAAGGAUCAGCUGGAACGGCGCAGCACCACGCCCGAUCUGCGGGAGUCUUACACUGUGAUGCCAUCUCCCUUUGAGCCCUUGAACUUUCCGCUCUCCGACGAGGUCUACCAGCGAUUGCUAGCCGAGACAUAUGCGCCGCCCAGGUCAAUGACCGUCUCAAAGCGGGCCAAAAGCAAGUCGAUAUCCUCGAACUGUGAUGGUGGGAACACCUUCACAGGAGGCAGCGGCAGUCGGCGCAGCAGCAAGUGCAAGAUUAAGCCAAAUGGUCAGCUAAAUGGCCAGCUCAAUGGCCACCCUGCGGCGGCGAAGUUGAACGGAAUAGAUGCGGCAAAUGAAGGUGGAAUUUCUGAGCCGGAAGAGGAAGAGAUGCUGCUAGAAGACGAGGAUGACGACUAUCCCAAGCAUCAUCUGGCGCCGCUGGAUGACGAGGAGCCGUCGACACCAGAUGUCGAGCAUGAGCUUUACGACUCGGCGAUCGAUGCCUAUCUCGCUGAUCCGGAGGCGCUAGAGGAGGAUAUGGGCGAGGAUCCCUUCGAGGACGACGAUCCCAACGAUCCGGAGUGGAAGACACGGACCGAGGGUGUUCGCAGCAGACGCAUCUAAGACCAAAAUCCAAAGUUUUCGUUAUUUAAGACUUUUAAACGAUUUGUCAAUUUUUAAAGCCACAACACACACACACCCACAAAUCAGCCGGAGCAGACCAACAAAUUUUAAUUUGUUUCAAACGGUUUGGUUUGCACUCACAACAGCAUUGCGUACUCUAAGCAAUCGUCUAAGUUAUUUAGUUCUACGAGCCCACAACAAAAAAAAAAAACACAGAUACGCUACACACAAGUACACAACAAAACAAACACGAAGCAGAAGCGAAAAUCUUGAAACAAUGUAAAUACAAGCUAAACGCAUAGAGCUAAGCAGUUACUGAUAAUUGUACACUAACCAACGAUCAAGAAAUCAUCGAACGCACCCACCACGUCGCGUGGACGUGGUGGAUGCGGUCGGUUGGAGCACUGGUCAGCGGUUAAGUAGGCACCACAACAAACCCACUUGGGCUUCAAGCCGAAGUGCGCUAAUGAUAAAAAUAUUAAGCUAAUCUAAAUAUAUAUAUAUAUACGAAAACAUUUAAAUAUAUACCAUAUGCAUACAUUAACGUGUAAAUGCCGAAGAGAGCAGUUAGCUGAAGAUUUGAAAUGUAUUCGCACCUGCACACAAACGAUAUAACAACUAAGCUAUAGAAGGCAAUUAUCUGUAAAUUGAUCAAGCUUAACCAUUAGCUAACCAACCAUUAGCCUUUAGCCCAGCAAGUAAUCAGUCGGCGUUGGGGCCGUGUUUUUCUUAUAUUUUAAAAAGUUUAUCAGCUGUAAAUGUAUAGAGCGGAAUUCGAAAGGCGGUGUGUGAAAAUGGAUCGAACGAUAAAUGUAUGUAUAUGUAUUUUAGUUGCUUAGGCGUUUUCAUUUCUACCUUAUAAACACGUUAGCGGCUAAUUGUAGCAAUUAAUACUAUAAAACAC